AUGGAAAGGUCGAAUCCGCCAGUUGAUCAUAAAACCCUCGCUCCGGCCAAUUCUGUCGCCGCUCCAUCUCAUCUAGCGGUUGUCCCAACUCAUAUGCACGUCGCUCCAGCAUCUAAAGACGUCGUCCGAACCCAAAGCAAGACAGGCCAGAAAGAAAAGUCCCCCCAUGCAGACAUCACAACAGCUCACAGAAAGAUCAUUGAAGAUUUCAAAAUCGAUCCAGACUCGAUGAAAGACGUUGAUAUGAUCGUAGGAUGUAUUGAAGCCAGACGAAUGUUACUGAGCAGCACCAGCGUCCCAUCAGUUGCACCUCAUCUUGCCCGCUACUUUCCAAGAUCCAUCCUCUUACAUGGCAUAUCGGGCACGGGCAAGACAACGCUUGCCAUGUCGAUCGCAAAAGAAAGCAAAGAAUCAUCAGUUUAUUUGGUAAGAAGCUGUGAUGUCGAUGGCCAGAGUUCUACCAAACAGAUCAUUCACGCGCUAUUAGCAAUCGCCCAAGAGAAUGCACCCUCAGUCAUAAUCCUAGACGAAGUCGAGACCUUCUUCCACAGCAACAACGGGCCAGCAGAUACGAUCAGCGAAUUAUCCACAUUAACUCGAUACCCCGGCGUGACCAUCGUUGGAACAACCAACCGGCCAUGGGCAUUAGACCGAGCCUCUCGGCAUCUUUUCAAAACCCACAUCCACAUCCCCCUCCCGUCCGAGGACGACCGCCUUGCAAUCUUCAAGCUCAAACUUUACGCACUCCCUCACACCAUCACCGAAGCAGAAUUCAGCGCAUUCGCAUCACAAUCAAACCUCCUACCCGGCGCCGCCAUUGAGCAAGGCAUCAACUUACUCGUCCAGAAGAGCAUAGGCAUCGCUAUGGAGAGUGCGCAUUUCCGAGAAAUUGAAGUCAAUGGGUUUAAGUGGUUGUGCGCAUGCACGGAGAGUGAGAGGGGUGCAAGAGCGAUGGAUUACAAAACCGUUGCGCAUCGUCUGGUCCCGGAGCCGUUGUCUGCGGACGCGCUUUGGGACAUGAUGUUUUGUGUGGGGCGUCAGUAUGGAUGGGUCGAGAAGGCGGAGGCGGAUCACGCGGAGUGGAAUGAUAAUCCUUAUACGAGGUGA